GCUAGGGUGAAAAUUGACCUUGGUGCACGCCCAAAAUUAAUCUACUGCUACGCUACAAAACAGUUGCAACAACUCUGUGUAGAGAUCAAUCAAUCUAACUGGUUAAGUCUUUAUAUACAUAAACAUAAACAUACAUAUACACAUAUAUAUAUAUAUAUAUAUACAAUGUCUGGAUCAGCAUCACGAUUUCAAGGUCGGAAAAGAUCUAGACCAGGUGCAAGUGGGUCCACGUAUAUCCCAUCUAAAGAAUUGUUAGAAUUAGAACCGCCCACUAAACCAAGAGUACCAAAUUCAAUAGAUUCUUUAAGGGCAAUAGAUUAUAUAAAGAAAUUAACCAAGACAAAAAUAACGAGCGCGGACAAAGAAUAUGAUUUACAGAUUUUAGUGAGUGGAUCUGAGGCAGUAUAUUUUGAGGAUGGAGAGAUCGGAGUUAGUGAAUUACUACAUAAUCAAUUUAAACUAUCACAAUAUUCAGUAUUACCAGUUAAUGAAGGUUGUAUUGAUAGAUUAAUUCAUAUUAGAGGUACUAGUGAAUCGUUAGGAAAAUCAGGAGUAUAUAUAGCAUUCAUAUUAAGUGCAAAACUUAAUACUAUAAGUAGUAAUGCAUAUACAUCAUCAUUUCCUAAAUAUCAUCUUCGUUGUUUAACUAAUUCUAAUUAUAAUUCUCAUUCUAAUUCUAAUUCUAAUUCUCAUAUAAAAGUUUUAAGAGGAGAUUUUAAUAAUUUAUAUAAUGAUAUUAUAGUUCAUAUACAAAAAUAUGGGUAUAAGUAUGAGUCAAUUGAUGAUAGUUCUAAGUAUAUGAAUAAGAUAUAUGGAGUUCAUAUAGAUACAGGUAUAAACAAUAAUUUAGAGUAUAAGCAUCAAGUAGAUAAUGCCCAUAAAAGAGCUAUUGAUUAUAUAUAUUCUAAGAAUUAAAAAUUAUGAUAAUUAUGAUAAUUAUGAUAAUUAUGAUUAUU